AUGUGUUUCGCCAAAAAUAGGAAUCCAUCCACAAGACGUCAAAUUCUGACAGAACUGGCUAACCCUCAAGAAGCUCUGGAGGAUUCCAGCAAUAAGAGCGUGGUGCUCCAGCUCUACCAUGCCCUAAGCUGCCGCGACGUCGAAACCGUCCACAAGCUCUUAGCUCCUGACCUCGAGUGGUGGUUCCAUGGCCCUCCGUCUCACCAGUAUAUGAUGCGAUUGCUCACCGGAACCGACAACGACAACACCGACUCCUUCGAAUUCGUUCCUCUUUCCAUUGACGCGUUUGGAUCUACCGUCAUCGUCGAAGGCUGCGAUCAGGAUCGCGAAAUCUCCUGGAUCCACGCCUGGACGGUUAACUCGUAUGGCAUAAUCACUCAGAAAUUUAAAUGAACAUCCGACAAAAAAGCAGAUGACGAUGACUAGCUUGCUUUAGUAAUGCGGAUGGAUUUUAUUUUAGAAAAGUAAAGAGGAUGUGAAAUGACAAUUUAUGGUAUUUUGCAAUGUUUUUGUCUGAAAAUAUUUGUACCCAAUUUCUUUUAGUGUUGUUUCAGACUUUCAGUCCAAUAAAAAAAUGUACAGAGAAAACUUUUGUUCCAGGGGUUGCAAACCGAUCAAAC